CCCGAGGCGCAUUUCGGGUAGGUGAGGCGGAUCGGGUAACCACACCGCGGGGCCGGUUUCGCUCUCUUGCACUCUGGGACGGACGCGCGCUGGGGGAUCCGAUGACGUCACUGGCCUGGCCUGGCCAAACACACACACACACACACACACUGACGCACGCGCGCUCACACCUUUACGCUGUCGCUUUUAUUCUCCCUCCUGCGCUCGCGCCCCCUCCCUCCCUCCUUCUCUCUCUCUCUCUCUCUCUCUCUCUCUUCUGUAGCAUUUUUUUUUCUAUUCUGGGAAGCGGUGCUAGGAAUAACCCAGUCUAUUUCCCCCCUCCAUCCAGGCUCCUUCUCUGGAUUCGAGCAGUAAGAAAACAAACAAACAAAAAACCGACACGGACCGGACUGUUUAUUCCCGACACACGUUCUCGUUCCUGGAAAGGCAGCGCUCACGCGUCCUUGUCGUCUUCCUGCGCAUCCAUCACCUGUCCGACUUUCCCUUCGAGUCUUCAUCAUCCGGAGACCCUGGAACUCUGCGCAUCCUGUUCCAUACCGGCUAAGGAAGGGCUACAGCCCGGCCAGGCGGACUGACAUUCCUUGGGAUGUUGCAGAUGUUCCGGGACGCUCCAGACAGAGAUUCCUGAUCCCGAUCCGGGGCGUGUUAGGAGCGUGUUUGCCUGGCUUAACUUGCGAGACAACUCAAAGAAGAAGCCAAAGUGGUCUGUGUAAAGGAUCCUUUCUGGCCUUUCUGGUUCCUCGGCGUCACCCAUUCUCCCAGGAGUCUAUCACAGCACACUUUGGAUACCGAAGGAAGACCUGAAGAAAGCAGAAGUCAACUCGGAAUAUUUAAGGAAUAAAGCCAUGCCAAAAGAAUAAUUGAUGGAAAAGGGAUUGGCUGCUGGUUAUAAAAAUGAAUUUUUAAACAUUCAAAUCUGGAUCAAUUCAGAAAAUGGAAAUGGAGGACCUUUUGUUUAAGCGUCAUUGUUAGUAAGUCACCUGGAAUGACUAUAUAUUUGAAAGCAAAUUAAUAAACAGUACCUUGAGAAACCCAACAACUGAAAUACAGAAUAAUGGAGCCACAUGGAACAGCUGCUGGACAAAAAUGCAGCAAGGAACCACGUGAGAAAAACUCUUUACAAAGAAAGUGGGUCUCUGAGCCCUGUGCUGGUACAAAGGGAAACACUUACGCGGAAAGUGGUAUCAGUGGGACGGUUAUUGCAGCUUCUGGAAAGCUGCUUUUAAGUGCAGAGUCUCAGUCAUCUGCAGAAAGUCAAUUUUUUCCCAGGUCUUAUUCUUAUCAGUUACAACAUUCAUACCCACAGCAGCCCAUGCAGAAGCCUUUCCUUACUGGUACAAAGUCACAACCUGGUUUGGAGCCCCAUGCUUGGCCUUUCCCGGGUAAAUUGCAAUCUCUGCCACAAGAUGAUAUGUUUUCUGUGCACUCACGUUCUCAUGGAGCUUUCCCCCGUCAGAAGUCACCAAGUUUACCUAGUGCUUUCUGCCAGUAUUCACAGUCAAGCUCUGAGCAAAAAGAGGAAGGACAUAAGAAGGAACAGAAACCCAAGAAGCCAGGCAAGUAUAUUUGCCAGUACUGUGGAAGAGCAUGUGCUAAGCCCAGUGUGCUUAAAAAACACAUACGAUCACACACAGGGGAACGCCCCUAUCCAUGUGAACCCUGCGGCUUUUCAUUCAAAACCAAGAGCAAUUUAUAUAAGCAUAGAAAGUCUCAUGCCCAUGCUAUUAAAGCAGGACUUGUUCCGUUCUCUGAGUUGGCGACUCGCACAGAUAUUGAUCAGGCAUCUUCAGUUGGUGAAACAGAGGUACAGUCUGAUGGCGAUCAAAGUACUGACACUGAUGAAGAAACUGCGGAAGGAGCCAUGUACCCGGAAAAAAGUAGCUCCAUACCCCAGAUAUCAUUUGACUCUGACAAAAGCACUUUAGACAAAGGUGGUGAACCAGCAUAUGCAGACUCAGCAGAAGAGAUGGCCAUGGCAUCUAUGAAAGUGCCUAUUUUAAUUGUUCCUAAACAGGGGCUUACAACAACCAUCGAGUGUACCCCAUUCACAGAAAUUAGGGGAUCCAGUUUAAGAGGAAUGGUCCAGGGAGAUGAGUCACAUACUGUCAAACAGAAACUUGCUUUAAGACUCACUGAUAAAAAAGGCCAAGACUCAGAGCAGUCUCUGAAUUUGUUGAGUCCACACAGUAAAGGCAGCACGGAUUCUGGCUAUUUUUCUCGUUCAGAGAGUGCUGAACAGCAGAUUAGUCCACCUAACACCAAUGCAAAGACAUAUGAAGAGAUUAUGUUUGGAAGAUCUUGGUAUUACAGACCCAUCUCCAGAUCUAGACAUCCAGUUACAAUUGGAAUGACUGCUACUGCUAGUCCUGACCCACAAAACAAAUCUGCCCUGAUAGAAAUGGACAUGGGAAAGAUAUCAGAGGAUCACAUAUUUUUCAAAGGGCCUUUUGCUGAGUCGCAAAUGGUUGCAACAUGUGACCCAAAGCAGUACCCUCAAGGCUCUCUUCUGGAAGCUCCUUCUGAGACAGGUCCACUUUUACGAAGUAACUCAAUGCCAACACCAUCCCCUACCAAUCUUAAUGUCCCGUCAGCUCUGAGAGGGAGUCACUCCUUUGAUGAAAUGAUGUCCCCAGAUGAUGUAUUUUAUCCAGGGGCUGCUGGUCUAAGGAGGCUGAGGAGACAGGCUGCUUUUGAGCAAGGGGAAUCUGAGAACUAUGGCAAGAUGGGAGGUCCAUUCUCAACAAUGAAGAUGGGAGAGAGAGAACAGUUGAUGUCUGAGUUCAAAGGCUCAGGAUCAGAACUUGCUUGUCUUGAAAUGCGUACAGCAUAUGGUGGCUGUGGUACAAAGGUUGAGAUGACCACAAGAAAACGACGUAAGGAAAAGAGUGUUGGUGAUGAGGAGGAUUGCCCUGGGCAGUAUGAUGACAUGAAAAAUGUCUCUCUUGAAACAGCUGGGGACUAUGAUCUAAAGCAAGGAAGUCAGGAAACUUCAGUGGCUGCCCACACAGGUAGAGGAUCUAGGUAUCCUGGUUACCAUUCAUUGGAAAGUUUUGAUAAAGUUGUUGGUAUGUGUCCAGAGGAUGUUGUGCUUAUUCAAGAUACAGACCGAAAGGCUGCUGUCAAUGUAAUAUCUGUUAUUCAACAUACUAACUUGCUUAGCAGGCCAAACUCAUUUGAAAAGACUGAAUCAAUUGAACAUCAGUCUUAUCAGCCAGAAAAGCCUGUUGGCCAACUCUCUGAGCAAUCUGACCCUGAGAACACUGAUGAUGUUCAAAAUCCUGAAUCUAUUCUGAGGUCUGAGAGCAUGGAUCAUCAACAGCAAGGUGAUAGUGAAUUGGUAUCCAUUUCACCUAGUCAGCAAUAUCAUAUACCCCACAAACUUGUACGGCAACCUAACAUUCAAGUACCUGAAAUUAGAGUCACAGAAGAACCAGAUAAACCAGAAAAAGAACCAGAGGUACCAGCUAAAGAACCAGAGAAGCAUGUGGAGGAAUUCCAGUGGCCACAGAGGAGUGAGACUCUGUCCCAACUCCCUGCAGAAAAAUUGCCCCCAAAGAAAAAACGUCUACGUCUUGCAGACAUAGAGCACUCAUCAGGGGAAUCAAGCUUUGAGUCUACCUGUACCAGUCUGUCAAGGAGCCCGAGUCAAGAGAGCAACCUGUCCCAUAGCUCAAGCUUCUCAAUGUCAUUUGAUCGAGAGGAAAGCAUGAAAUCAGUGUCACCAACAAAGCAAGAUGAUUUUAGUAAACAAUCAGAAUUUUUGACUGUACCAGGGAGUGGUCAUUCUCUUUCAAUACCAGGCCAUCACAAGGAGAUGCGUCGCUCCUCAUCAGAACAGUCACCUUGUGGUUUACCUACUGAGGUGCCAGAAACUCGUAGCAAAUCAUUUGAUUAUGGAAGUCUGUCAACUAGUUCACGACAAGGGGAGUUAUAUGCCAGUGCAUCAUCCAUGAAGGAACGUAGACGUGGAUAUCUGGUUAGACAGGCAUCUCUGAGUGUCUAUCCUGAAGUUGCACCUCAGGAACAAUGCUCUGAGUUAAACGUUAAACAAGAGCUUUCUGACCCCCAUGCUUUACCUUCUCCUUGGCAAGGCACAUCAACUCUAACCACGCCACCCCACCUUGUAACUGGAAGUGAUCUAGUAAGACAAAAACGAGGAUCAUAUCACUUGCUUCAGCAGAGCAUCAGUGAAGACAGCCUUUCAGAUGACUUGCAAAAGUCACCACGCUUGCCAGGCCAACUGUCAACAGACAGUGAAGCUUCAAUACAUGAGCACAUGAGCCAGGAUGUAAUGCAACACUCCCCACUUCCGAGUAGCUUGGUAUCAUCACCAUUUUUUCAAACAAUGGUCUGGUAUACUGACCCAGCACGACCCAGGCAGCACCAGGGGAAUCAUCAGCUGCAGAAAUUACAUAUCCGACCACCAAAUCUACAGCCUAAUCUACAUAAAUCCCACCAACCUCUUCAUCAAAUACAGGUUUACAAUGAAUCAAAUACAGAUGGGGCAAGUCAAACAUAUCCUUAUGUCUCAAGAGCUUCUACACAAACUAUUGGCACUUCAUCAAAAGUGCUUACGACAAAUUCAGUUUUCUUACAGAAAAUUCAGCCAACCUUUACCACUCAAAAUGUAGGUUCACAGUCAUCGCUUCCUGGAAUGCUCGUCCCUGUUAGAAUUCAAACAAAUGUGCCAUCAUAUGGUAGUGUUAUGUACACAAGUGUUUCACAAAUGCUUGCUACUCAUGCUCAAAGUACUAGUUCUCUCAGAUUAAUAGCCCCAGACAAUACAUCUACUAGUACACUGAUGGGCAUAUCUUCAAAACACCCAGCAGGGUUCAGUUUAGCAAAAAUAUUAGGUCAUCCAGAAGGAUCUUUACAAUAUCCAAUUUGGAAAGUUCCUGAACCAUUACCUGGAAGACUGAAUACUGGCAUACCAUUGUCCUUGACAUCAGGAACUAUUUCAACUACAGAUGCCUCCUCUAAUAUUGGAGGGAGUAAGAGAAUGCUGUCACCAGCUAGUAGUCUUGAACUUUUUAUCGGAACCAAGCAGCAGAAACGGAUUAAGGAGGAAAAGAUGUAUGGUCAAAUAGUGAAAGAGCUAAGUGCAGUUGAGCUAAGUAAUUCAAGUGCACCAAAUGAUGGUGACGCAUCACCACAGCCUGAUGUUUUAAAGAGAGAUGACUUAGUAGAUGAUCUGGAGAGGAUGUCCUCAUCUCCACCAGCUAAUUACCCAUCAUCAAUAUUCUCCUCUGCAUCUGAUGUGCCACACAAGGAAAGCUUUACUCCACCUCUACAAAUUGUAAUGAACACUUCUAAAAGAGCAGAGUCCCCAGAGGAGCUUGAUGUAGACAAACCCACUCCAGAGGCCACCUCAGGCCCUGAAUCAAUGAUCUCAAGUGACACUCAAGAUGAACUGAAGCAGACCAAGAUCCCGGUAAACAUGUUGGUGCAACUUGCUGCCAAUCAGGGUGGUGCUGUAUGUGGGAGCACUCUCCUGCUCACUGAUUUAGCAGAUGUUGAUCAGUUCUUUCAGUUUCCAAGUCUACGUACGACAACAAGUGUUAGCUGGUGCUACCUAAAUUACACCAAGCCAAACUAUGGUCAGACAACUCCCUUAACCUCUGUUUAUGGCUCUUGGUGUGUCAGCUCUUAUAACCCAAACCCACUCAGCCUUAGCACAAAGGCAACCCUGGCAUUACUCUGCUCCAAACAGAGGAGGAACACAGAAACGUAUACAAUGGCUGCUAUGUAUCAGCCAGGGACUGGAAAACUUGUCUCAUCCCUGUUGUGGAAGCAGAAGUUUGAGCAGAUGAAGCCAGAGCUCAUGAAGCUAGAUAUUGGCAAGUUGGGAAAGAAAAUUAAAGGGGUAAUCUCAAGGGACAGAGUGAAAGAGGACCAUGGAGAGAAGGAGGCUUCAUCAAAGCAGGCUGAACCCACACGCAUUAAAAUCUUUGAAGGAGGGUACAAGUCCAAUGAGGACUAUGUUUACGUGCGGGGCCGAGGUCGAGGAAAAUACAUCUGUGAAGAAUGCGGUAUCCGUUGUAAAAAGCCGAGCAUGUUGAAGAAACACAUUCGCACACACACUGACGUGAGGCCAUAUGUCUGCAAGUUCUGCAACUUUGCUUUUAAAACAAAAGGAAAUCUAACAAAACACAUGAAGUCAAAAGCCCACAUGAAGAAAUGCUUGGAGCUUGGAGUGUCAGUGACAUGUAUAGAUGACGUGGAGGGAGUUGAUACUGCUGAGGAGAUUCAAAGAGAUACUGGAAAGAUUGGCAUGUUAGAAAUCAUGGCGGAGCACCAAUUUUCUGAUGCUGAUGAUUCAGAUGGGGCUGAGGAAGAUGGUGAUGAGGUGGAUGAGGAUGAAGAUGAUGAUGAUGAUUAUGAUGGUGAUUCAACACCAAAGACACCCUCUCGAAGCACAAGCCCACAACCCUAUGUCAUCCCGUCACAUUCUGUCACUGCAGUUGCCGCAUCCCAUGACACUGGCCCUGAUCCAUUAGGCUCAGCCCCCAAGCAGCCACUGUUUGGCUAUUAUAGUAGUUUGCCCAGUAUUCAAGUCACUCAACUCAUGGUGCCUAGUGAGAAGGCUAGAGAGAGCCAAAUGGCAGAAUACCAGAAACUGCUGCAAGGAGCUUUGGGUGAAGACCCCAAAAACAGAUUGGAGAUGCCUACCUCCAUGGAUGAAGACCCUGGCUUGUCUCCAGAACAUAGCUCAUCUUCUUUUGAAUUCUCCCCUUCCCGUCUGUCUUCACCUAGCUGUGACUCCUCACCUCUUCGAGAGCCCUCACCUAGUAGUAGGUACUUGUCCCCCAAACGAGACCUCUCCCCACGGGGUCGUUUGUCACCAAGAAGGGAGGCAUCCCCCCUAAGACCUCUGUCCCCCAGGAGAGAUAUCUAUAGAAAGGAUCUGUCUCCAAGGAGAGACAUGUCCCCCAGAGGCCUCCUUUCACCAAUCUCCCAUGCAGGGUGUCCAGUGUCUCCCGCAAGAGAUCUCUCUUGCAGACGUGAGCUGUCUCCCAGAGGCCGCUACAAAGGCAUGCUCAGACCGUUGUCUCCAAGAAGGGCACCUCACCUUCACAGUGGACCUUGGACACUCAACCAGCAUCCACAUAGAGAGAUGGCGUCAGUGGCUCCAAAGAGCAGGAGCCACUCGGAAAUGAAUAUGAAUCAGAGAACGAGUUGCUAUCCCCAAGGAGAUAAACACAGCACAGAAGCUCCAUCUACACACCAAGGUCUUUUUAGCCAUCUUCCCCUCCACUCCCAACAACAGGUUCGUACACUAUUCCCUAUGAUUCCAAUUGGUGGAAUCCAAAUAGUGCCAGGCCUGGCCCACCCUGCUCGCCUUCCUCUCAAGACGACUCCAUCAGAGGAAUCCAGUGAGGCAUCUUUCCACUUCUCAGAGGGUUGUGAGUCUACCAACACACAAGGUGCAGAGGAUUCAGUUCAACCACAAGAGAUGGCCCUCUCCCCAAAAGCUGGAAGUUUAGCCCCCUCACCUUCUUCUCAGAAGUCCAGAGAUGAUGGUAAAGGCCUGCGUGACAAAGAGAGCAAGCAGGAAGAAGGCAUCAUGACAUGCACUAAGGCCAUUGCUUCUUUGCGCAUUGCCUCAGAGGAAUCCUUAGGAAAGGUGGCUGGUACCAUCGAGCAGAUCCAACAGCACACAUUGUCUCAUUCUCCUACCACCCAGCAUGAGGGUACAGCGAGGGGGAUUCAGAAAUUUAGUAGCUCAGAGUUCAGGCACUCCAACACAGAAACUGGUGUGUCUACCACAUCAAAGGCUCCUGCAGGAGGCUGUCCCCCCGUCUACAAUACAGGGGCUGCAGAGAGGUCACCUGGCCAACAAGGCCAUAACAAGAAUCCAUCCAGCACAACAAACGACUGACAACAGCUGAACGUCAGAACGGAGAACAAUACAUUACACUCAUGCUGUAUGUUUACACAUACACAGUCACACUCAAAUCCUAGAGUGUACAUGUACAGUGUAGCAUGCCUUUUAUAACCUGGUUUGCUGUUUUAACUAUGGUUACUUUCUUAUUUAAAAUGUCAGAGAAUAACCUAUAUGUUAACUUAUACCUGUAUAUGAGCCUGACCAAAAUUGCUUAUGAACUCUGUCUGGUACUCUAAAAUGUACAGAUCUGUGUGCCUUUUUUCAUUUAUGCUUAUAUUCUUAUAAGCAUAUAAAACACGAAGACAUGUAAAUAUGUCAAACUUUGUGUAUCCGCUUUGUAUUAAAUGCAGGUUGCUGUCUUUUUGGACACCAGAGUCUAAAUGAUGUGAAGUAUCAAUAUAUGUACGGUUGCACUAAAACAUAUUUUUAUAUGAGUGAAAUGAAAUGGCUUUUGUGUACAGCAUCAAUUCUAUGAUAAUAUUUAUUGUAUCUUGUUUCAUAAAUUGUAAAAAAAAAAAAAAAUUUCUUAAUGUUGUGGAUGCCUUUGCUAAGUAAAGCAUGGAUUUUACUAUUGCAUAAUAAGAAGAACAAUAUAUGUAUACUGUAAAAUGGCUUUCUAUUAGAAAUAUUCAUAUACUUCAAGCCAAACUUGUUUUAUCGGGUUUUCUCUCGGAUGGACACACACACACACACACACACACAUAACACAGAAUGGUGGUUGGUAGCUUUAUGUUCUGACUGCCCUUUUCCUGUCAGCUAAAUAGGCUACACACUAGUUGUGAUAUUGCUGCUCUUUUAUGUAGAACUGUCAAGCAUUAAGUGAAUCAGUUUGUCGAUUGGUUCACUUCAUUUGAAAACAUUCUCAAAUGGUUGUGAAAUAUUAAUCAUGUCGCUUGAAGUAUUUGUUUUAUUAAUUAGAAUGGGGAACAUUCCAACAGAUGUAUAUAUUGAAUGCCCAUAAUCCUGUAUACUCAUAGUCAUACAUACAUUGAAGGAGUUCAUUAUGGGCCAUGCCAUCAGUCCAUAAACUUUUUUUUAAAUGGUUAUAGGUUGGUAAACUCCAAUAAUAGCUCUUAAAAUGCACUUUAUAUUUCUUAAACCUUUAAGAAAGAUAAUCCUGCGCUAUAAUGCUAUAUCUGAAACUCAUGCUAUAUCUUUUGAAAUUUUGGAAGUGGGAUUCAGUCAGAUUCAACACAGUUUCUGAUUAAACAAUUUAACUGGAGCAUGGAGCCAGAGCACUCCCAUGUGUAAAUCUGUAAUUUGUACUGUGUGUAUUUGAUCCAUGUUAUUUACUCCUUGGACAUUUUUGUCAAUAGUACCUGGUAUUCACUGUUAAGUGUAUUAAUAUGUUAAAACCCAAGGUAUCAAGAGCAUAAAUCAUUGUAAUGAAAGAUAAAGACAUACAUUAUAUACAUAAAUGGGUAACUUUGUGAUGUCAGUGAAAAUACAUUAUCAUACACAAUUUUGACAAUAAAUGACAAUACAAAAAUAA